GCGGGGCCUGGAGGAAUGCCGGCCCACUCGGUUUACGCAUGCGCCCUAAGAGAGCUCGGUGUUUUGUACCGGGUGCGGCCGGUAGGCCUGCAGCCGCGCAUGCGCCCUUGGUUGGCGGGAGUUUCCGAAACUGCGGCGGUGGUGCCGGAGCAAAUGGCGGACAGGCCGGAUCAAGAAGGAGCGACCACAGCGGGUCCUCUACCCAGAAGGACUUCAGUGACUAAAUCAGGAACUAUGGAAGAAGAGGAACCAGUGACAUAUAAGACUCAGGAUCAUCAUUUGAAAGCAGAUCCUAGCCCUUUGGAAGUUUGUGGUAAACCAUCUGCCUUCCUGGAAAUGAUGACUCAAGAUGUUCCAACGGACAGAAUUCACUUUGACAUUAGCUCUAAAAAUGUGGGAAGCUGUGAUCCCAGCCACCAGGAAGACCUUCAGUCCGUGUCACUUAAUUUGUCCUCACAAGAACAGCCUGACCGUCACGGGAGAGACAGGAGGCAGUCCUGGCGGCGAGCAAGUAUGAAAGACACGAACCGACGGAAGUCACUGGCUCCCUUUCAUCAGGGCAUCACAGAGCUCAGCAGAUCCAUCAGUGUCGACUUAGCAGAAAAUAAACGACUUGGUUCUCUUCUGCUUUCCAGUUUCCAGUUUUCUGUUCAGAAACUUGAACCUUUUCUAUGUGGCACUGAGGGCUUCAGUCUUGAAAAUUUUAGAGCCAAAGCAUCUUCUCUUUCUGAAGAGUUAAAACAUUUUGUAGACACAAUGGAAAGUAAUGGAACACUACAAAAAUGUUUUGAAGAUUCAAAAGAAAAAAUAUCAGAUUUAUCUCUGGAGAAAUCAGUGACUGAAAUGAAAGAAUAUAUAACAAAGUUUUCUUCAGAAUCUGAGACUUGGGAUCAACUGUUGCUGCACUACCAGAAGGAGGCUGAAGAGAUAACGUCCAGAGCAUCAGCUGAAAGCAAAAUUACUGAAGUUGAAAUAGAACCUAUGAUAUAUCUUGGGUCUUCCCAGAGGGAAGUUCUUAAUACAAAACCUAACUACCAGAAAAUAUUACAGAAUCAUAACAGAGUUUUUGACUAUAUAGAGUUGGUGAUGGAUGAACUCCAAGGAUCAAUGAAGCAGCUAAGUACUUUUUUGGAUGAAAGUACCCAGUGCUUCCAGAAGGUGUCAGUACAACUUGGGAAGAGAAGCACAGAACAAUUAGAUCCCUCUCCAGCUCGAAAAUUGCUCAAGCUUCAUCUAUGAGACCAAUCUAUGAUGCAUCGCUCUGGAUUUUGUCAGUUACCUUAUGCAAUUUUUCUGCCACAAGACCCACUAGAGAAAAAGAGAUGUGAGCUCCAGCUCCUGGUGACUGUGUGGCAGUCUGAGCUGAGCUGAUGAUCUCUGCCCAGAUAACUGGAGUGAUUCAGGUUUUUUCUAAAAGCGAUAGAACUUAUGCAUUGAAAAGAAUAUCAUGUACACAUUUUCCCCAAGAAUGUGCAAAAUUCUGGAAACUUGCUUUGGAAUAACCUUGAGAAUAGUG